GCAUUUAUUAAAAUUAGGCUUUCGUGAAUGUUCAUUGAAUUAAGUGGGAUAAGUUGAAAUGGCGACAAUCGAUCAUUAGAUCGUCGUUAGCAUUUAUUGUAAUUCCAUUUUUGUGAAUGUUCAUUGAAUUUAGUGAAAUAAGUCGAAAAAUGGCGACGAUCGAUAUACCAUUUCCAAAUGCAAAUCAACCGGGCAAGUUAUUGAAGUGGCGAGUUAACAAAGGUACAAUGGUAUCAGUGGGUCGUAUCUUACUUGUGUACAAAUGUGUCGGCGAUGCGACCGAGAAGAAACUUCGAGCAACACAAUUCGGCCGUGUUACAAAAUUGCAUUACAAAGAAGGCGAUACGAUACAACCUGGGCAAGUGUUACUGUCACUGGUCGGAUGUAAGCACCCAACGGUGAUGAAAGAUCUGUGUGCAGAAUGUGGUGCUGACCUCAGACAAGAAGCUGAGAAGAGAGGAGGACAAACAGGCGCCGUUACAGAAGCUAGCGUACCGAUGGUGCACAGCAUACCGGAGUUGAAAGUGUGUCCCGAAUUGGCUGAAAAAAUUGGCAAAGAGGAUGAACAGAGAUUACUGCAGGAUAGAAAAUUAGCACUCUUGGUUGAUCUUGAUCAGACUAUUGUUCAUACAACCAAUGACAAUGUACCGGCAAAUAUGAAGGACGUAUUUCAUUAUCAAUUGUAUGGACCAAAUUCACCCUGGUAUCAUACUCGUCUGAGACCAGGAACUCGUCAUUUUUUAUCAGAAAUGAGUAGGUUGUACGAGCUCCACAUUUGCACGUUCGGUGCCAGAAAUUAUGCCCAUACAGUUGCGGCUUUACUGGACAAGGAAGGAGCUUUGUUCUCACAUCGUAUUCUAUCGCGAGACGAGUGUUUUGAUCCUGCGUCGAAAACUGCUAAUCUAAAAGCAUUGUUCCCUUGCGGUGAUGAUAUGGUCUGCAUAAUAGACGAUCGUGAAGAUGUUUGGCAAGGAUGUGGCAAUCUGGUACAAGUGAAACCCUAUCAUUUUUUCCGUCAUACCGGUGACAUUCAUGCACCGCCAGGUUUGGAAAAAAAAGAUGUGAUGGAAAUUCCAGAGCCGGCUGAUGAUGUCACCACAGGAUACGGAGAUUCUACAUUGAAUACUGGAGGGGCGAAAAGCGGAGAAAAUGGAGAGGUGAUGGGAGUAAUAGAGGACGUGACAAUUGGCGAAGAAGUUUUGAUAAAAGAAAACUCUGAAGGAGUUAACAACAAGAAUGAAUCAGCGGAGGAGAAAAAAAUAGAAAAAACUGGACUCAAUUCCGAAAAUACGACAGAGAAAAAACCGAAAGAUAAACAGCAUCCUCAAAUUAUGGAGGAGAAAUCACAAUGUGAGGAAAGUCAUGAAAAUCCUGAACAAGAUGAAUUCGAAAAUCAACAGAAUAUCGAAAAUUCCAAGGACAAAAAACUUGAAAAUGAACACCUCGAAAAUUUGCUUCCGAAGGAAUCUGAAGUAAAACCAAGUCCUGAAAAUUGUGACCCGAAAGAGAUUAAUGAGGUAGAGCAGAACAAAGAAUCCACAAUCAUCGAAAAAACUUCUCCGACAACGAAUGAGAAUUCUAAGAACGAAGAAGUUGAUCACGAGGAUCAUGACGAUUAUCUGUUGUACCUUGAAGACAUAUUACGUAAAAUUCAUGCAGAAUUUUACGAGCAUCUAGAUCAAGGAAAAGGGAGAAAAUCGCUCCGCGAAAUAAUACCAAGGGUUAGAGCCAGAGUUCUUAAAGGAUUGUGCUUAACAUUUAGUGGUUUGAUACCGACCCACCAGAAACUCCAUCAGAGUCGAGUGUACAAAGUCGCUAAAGCGUUUGGUGCUGAAGUUACUCAGGAUUUGACGGACAAAACGACACAUUUAGUUGCGAUAAAGCCCGGUACGGCGAAAGCAAAUGCCGCGAAAAAGAACAAGAAUAUAAAAAUCGUGAAUCCCGACUGGCUAUGGUUGAGUGCGGAACGUUGGGAACGAGUGGACGAAAGAUUAUUUCCACUAACAGCAAAAGCAAGAGCGUCAAGAAUACCACCGCCUCAUUGUAGCAGUCCCGAACGUGUAGAAGAACCCCAAAACGAAGUCAUAGACAGUUUUGCUGACAGUAUAAAUCCCCUGAUGUCAUUCAGCGCUGAAGAAAUAGAAAAUAUGGAUAAAGAAGUUGACGAGGAUAUGGAUGAUCCAGACAUGGACUACACGGGGAUGGAAUUCGAUGAAUUUAGCAAUAAAAGAAUGCUCGAUGAAAAUUCAGAUUCGGAAGGCUCGGACAACGACGCUAAUCGAAAAGCGAAGCGAAAAAAAGUAUCAAAGGAAAGUUCAUCGGAGGAUUCUUCAGAUGAAAAGGACAAAUAUAUUUUUCAGCGUUAUCACAAAGAGGACGAGGAAGGAGAUGACGACGACGAUCCCGUGACGAGGUUUAGAAGGGGUGAAGAUUUGCCGGACGAUCUCGAUCUUGGUGACAAUUCGCAAGAUUCAAUUGGGGAUCCACCAGGAGAUGAAGGGGACGAACGUGAAUGGAACGCACUGGGCGCUGCGUUAGAGCGGGAAUUCUUAACUGAAUGAUGCUCGAUAUUUUCUGUUUGUAAUUAUAAUUGGAAACGUUAUGAAAACGUAUUCAUCGAAUGGAUUAAUUUGGUUCAAUUGUAAAUUAAAUUUAAACCUUAGAGGUCAACGUUUGCGACAUGAAAAUUCAAUGUUUUUUCAAAUACCAGUGGAAAUUUUAUAGCAGCAAAUACAGAGAUUGAAAAAUA